CCUGUCAUCGGUGACAGUCAGGACACCAACAGCAGGGGGUUGAAAUGGGUAUCACUCUGGGUGCCUUCUCAACUUUAUCCCAACUCUGCAGUUGGUAUGCACUCGGUUAACUGACUUAGUGCCACUCACGAGCAGAUCAGCGUGCUCACGGGUCAGUGUGUUACUGAGAGGACCAUGGCUUUUUCCGCUGAGACCAACAAAGGCCAGGUGGACGUGGGGAGUUAUAAAGGGGAAAGGUGGCCAAGUGGAGAUGUUCUCUGUACCGGUGUAGUCCUGUAGGCCCUUUUCAUUAGUGGCUACAAGCUGCUCUGCUGCACCAAGGCCUCUAACCCAGGUCUCUGUCCUAUGGCCAGGGUACCAUGUGCGGUGUCCUUGAUGCUGCUGCUUGUGCUCUACUCCCACGGGGUGUCACCAGCCCCCGCCCAGCACCUGUGUGGCUCCCACCUGGUGGACGCCCUCUACUUUGUGUGUGGGGAACGGGGGUUUUUCUUCAGUCCAAACCGACUCUACAAGCGGGAUCUGGAACAUCUGCUCGGGUUCCUGUCAAAAAGAGCCAGACAAGAGCACCAGCCGCGGAGGACUCUGUCUGGUCGCAUUGAGCCCAAGGUGAAGAGAGGCAUCGUGGAGCAAUGCUGCCAUAAGCCAUGCAGCAUUCACCACCUUGAAGGCUACUGCAACUGACUCGCCACUCCACGAUGAGCAACAUUCAUAGCUUGUAAAAAAAAAAGAAAAAAGUCCUGAAGUCAAUUUCUGGCCCAAUACUUGCUGGCUAUGUCUUAUCAAAUGAAGGAAAUAAAGCUUCAUGACCCAUAACCCAAGGCUCUUCUUUGCAAAGAUGUGAAUUGUGGGCUUGUAGCUGGUAUAUAGAGUGGGUGAUAGAUGGGCUGUCAUAGCCCUCUGUUGUGCCACAACCUGCGGCUGCAGUCCUAGAGUGCACUCUACUGGCCGAGGACGGACAUGGCCAAGAAGACCCA